AUGAGCGCUCAUAGCACAGCCAUCUCGAUGGAUUCUCCGUUUGCCCACCACCUCGACACGAAUUAUUGUCCUUCUGAAGCAGAGAUUUCUAUCAUCGAAAACCUUCUCGUUGAACCGACUCAACAGAUUGAAACCAUCGACAAAGAAAUCGCGGCUCUGAACGCUCAGAUUGCAGCCUUACAACACAAGAGUGCACCCAUAGCUUCCUUUGUCACCGCUCACAGAGCACUCAUCUCUCCCAUCCGUCAACUCCCCGACGACGUUCUGCAAGAAAUAUUCGUGGCAUGUCUCCCUGCCAACAGCAACUGCGUCAUGAGCGCCUCUGAAGCGCCUCUCCUUCUUGGACGAAUCUGCUCUGCAUGGCGCGAUUUGGCAUUUUCAACUCCGGUUCUUUGGUCCCGUUUGCACUGCUACGCCCCAGGAUCUGUGCGGACCGACCCAUUUGGCGCCGAAAUCCCUGCUAUUGCCACCAAGAUUGAACGUCAUCUUGACGCGUAUAAAGCGUGGCUAGCACGCACAGGAAACCGGCCCUUGUCUGUAUCAGUCUACCACGGUCAAGAACAGUGGUCAUGUGCGACCACAUCCCCCUUCCUCGAUGUUUUAGUUUCCUUGGCUGCUCGAUGGGAAUUUAUCCAAGUCUCAGCCAGCGAGCGGAUGCUCACGGUCUUCAGUAACCUGACUCGCGACCAAGUCCCGCUUCUUAAGUCCCUGGAGCUUCAGGAGGUAUCGGGUCCAACUUUCGUUGGUGGCGAAGAAACGCAUUGGGGCUCCUGUGAUAUUCUUUCGGGGCCGAAGUUCUGCCAAUUAUCGGCGUCUGUCGCUGUGUUCCGAUCUCUCUCCACUCCAAAACAUUGGAAUAGCUUGCACAAGCUGGUUGUUGCCUCUAAAGCUCGUCUUGGAAUGAGCUUAGACAACAGUUUAUCUGCUGACCACGUCCUCGCCCUCCUCCGGCAAUGCCCCAAUCUGCAGUACGGCAGAUUUCAACUGGACAGAAGUCCAGACGCUCGCGACACCUCCGUUUUCGAACACAAUUCUCUUCGCACCCUGAUAUUCGAGACGCAAUACGACAAUUCGCAAUUUGAAACCCUCUCUCGACGGGUGUUAUUGCCCCAGCUCCGGCAUCUUCGGUGUUCAGGGAAAAUCGAGUCCAGCAGAGCAGCGAAGGCUGCGCGUAUUUUCUUUGCGGCCGCAAAGCGACUCGACAGCAUUGACGUCAACGUCGACUUUUUCACCCGCUCGUCGCUGGAAGACUUCCUCCGCCAGAUUACCCCGUCUUUCACAACCCUGAGCCUGCGGGGUCCGCAACACCAAUUCGACUGGCGAGAAUCCGCGCAUGUUUUUGAUGACGCACUUCUUCAGGCGCUCGUCGACCCAAAGCAGCCACUGGUUCCAAACCUCGAAUGCCUGAGUCUUGACUACAGCGCCGACAUAUCCGAUAAAGCGUUGCUGGCCUUCGUCCGUGCAAAAAUGAAUGACGAGGAUGCCCUGCGACUGCGGCCGCUUCGCCGCCUAUCGGUCAGCUUCAGGCGUCUGGUGGAGGACGACAUUCUCCCGGACCUCCAAGGUUUCAUAACGGAGCGCGGGCUACACGUGAGCCUUGCGUAUCAGCAACCAGAGCAUUUUAAUUUCUCGCCCUGGGAAGGCCUGGACAAGGAAGAUGAACGCGAGCAGCUGUUCUUGACACCGCCUCUGGAACCGUUUUAUGAAUGA